GUCUCGCGAUGCCGUAGCUGGCUGCUCCCGCUGCGGGUGGCUCGGGCUGUUGCUGUGGUUCCCUGAGUUGCUGCUGCGGCGGCGGCUACCGCGGCGGUGCUAGUGGAGGUGUCGGCCCCUGGGCGGAUGUUGACAUUGUGUUGUAAUUGCUGAUGGUAAUGGCGGCGGUGGCUGUGGCGGCGGUCCGGACCCCAUCUUCUCAGUAAUCAGAGCCGCGACAGCCAAGAGAGAACUCCGCGGCCUCGGAGCCGGCGGCAGCGACUCACCUCAGCCUCCGCCGCCUCGCCAGCCCGUACCCCAGCGCCAGCCCCUGGAGUCAGGCCCCUUCGGGCUGGGGGGCUCGGAGGCUCAGGAUGGCGGAUUUCGACGAGAUCUAUGAGGAGGAGGAGGACGAGGAGCGGGCCCUGGAGGAGCAGCUGCUCAAGUACUCGCCGGACCCGGUGGUGGUCCGCGGCUCCGGUCACGUCACCGUAUUUGGACUGAGCAACAAAUUUGAAUCAGAAUUCCCUUCUUCAUUAACUGGAAAAGUUGCUCCUGAAGAAUUUAAAGCCAGCAUCAACAGAGUUAACAGCUGUCUUAAGAAGAACCUUCCUGUUAAUGUACGUUGGCUACUUUGUGGCUGCCUUUGUUGCUGCUGCACAUUAGGUUGCAGUAUGUGGCCAGUUAUUUGCCUCAGUAAAAGAACACGAAGAUCGAUUGAGAAGUUAUUAGAAUGGGAAAACAAUAGAUUAUACCACAAGCUGUGCUUGCACUGGAGACUGAGCAAAAGGAAAUGUGAAACGAAUAACAUGAUGGAAUAUGUCAUCCUCAUAGAAUUUUUACCAAAGACACCGAUUUUUCGACCAGAUUAGCAUUUACUUUAUUUAAUAGAGACUUUCCAAGUAUGUUGUCUUUCCAAUGGUGCCUUGCUUGGUGCUCUCCUGGUGGUGACAUAACAUUGGUUCUACAAAGUCGUGUGGUGUUUUUUUUUUGUUGUUGUUGUUUUUAAGUAACCGCAUGUUAUAAGUAUGCAUUUUUGUCAAACUUUGCAACAGUUAUUUCAUACAGAUGUUUAAUACUUAAGUUAUUGUGCUCUUUUCUGUUAUGUAUUCUGAUU